AUGGACCCUCCUCCAGUUGCCGAUCCUGGACAAACCAAGGAUAAAGGUGUUGGAUCUAAGGGUGAAAUGGAUCUCCCAGUUGCCGAUCCUGGACCGGUGAGGGAUGAAGGUGAGCUUCUCCGGUGCCCGUUUUGCGAUUAUGAAGCAGUGUACAAACUAGCACAAUUCUUGCUCCCUGGUUUGGCUGCGGUCUGUGUCGAUGGUACAACUGGUGAUCUGUUCAGGAGCCCAUCUGAUGUUGCUGUUGACCUCAGAAAAGAAAUGGUGGACAGCAUUACACAAAGAAGUGAAACGUUCAUAGCCGAUGUUGAGGCGGAACAAAACGCUGAGAAUGAAAUGUCGGAUGACCCUUAUGAGAUCGUGUCAAUAUUCAUGGAUGAUUUCAGUCGCACGAAAAGGAAUAUCAUUGGCCAUGUCUCUGGGUGGUUGCUAAGUGACAGCCGUGAUGAUAAGAUCGAUGACUUUGUCCAAGAAAUGGAGAUGACCCGCUUCUGGCCAUUAGAGAGGAGAGAAGCGAUAGCCGAGGUCCUCCUCAGGAAUGUGGACAUUAAAACCAAGUUCCACUGCCCUGAGAAAUAUGAAAACGAGGAACGUCUUGCUGAGCACAAAGCACAGUGUAGCUUCAGGCCUGUCACUUGCCCAAACGAGGGAUGCCGAACAAAAGUCUCUGUUCGUUGCAUGCAGGAUCAUGAUGCAACUUGCCUUUUCAAGAUCCUUCAGUGUGAGCAAAACUGUGAGAAACGGCUUCUGCGGCGUGAUAUGGAUAGACAUUGUGUCACUGUCUGCCCCAUGAGGCCCAUGAAGUGCCCUUUCGGGUGUGAUGAUUCGUUCAGUGAACACGACCUCGAGGAGCACUGUUCAGAGAGUCUCCAGCAACACUUGCUUAAGGUCCUUCAGGUGAUUCACAAGAAUAAUUUUACAGCUGAUGAGCUAAAGGAAACUGCUCUACGACUGGAGAAGUCUGAAGAUCGUGGUAAACUGGCUAAAGCUCGGGAUGCUAGAUCUCUAACUAGUAUUGUGAAGGAUCUUGAAGCAAAGAAAUUUCAAUGUUCUAGUGUAGUAUCUCAUGUAAACCUUGGUGGUUGA